AUGUCGUACAAUAACACAUCGGAAAACUGCACGGAUCCUUUGAUGGGUUUCCAGGCCUCCUUGUACGGGGCCACCUACGUUAUCAUUUUCAUUCCUGGCCUCCUUGGAAACAGCAUUGCUCUCUGGGUUUUGUGUCGCUUCAUCAACAAGAAAAGCAAAGCGGUCAUCUUCAUGGUCAACUUGGCUGCUGCCGACCUGGCUCACGUCUUCUCCCUGCCCUUGCGGAUGCAUUACUACCUCAACCACAGCUGGCCUUUUGGGGGCUUUCUCUGCCAGUUAUGUUUCUACCUGAAGUACCUCAACAUGUACGCCAGCAUUUGCUUUCUCACCUGCAUCAGCAUCCAACGGUAUCUCUUCCUGCUUCAUCCUUUCAAAGCCAAGGACUGGAAGUGCAGGUACGACGUAGCUAUAAGCGUUGCCAUAUGGGCCGUGGUCGGAGCUGCUUGCUUACCCCUCCCAAUACUCAGGAGUCCGAGCUUAACCGACAGUACCGACACCUGCUUUGCAGAUCUCGGAGUGAAAACCUUGUCUAUGGCCUCCUCAAUCACUUUGGUGAUAGUAGCUGAACUCUCUGGAUUUCUGGUUCCUCUCGUGAUUAUCAUUUGCUGCACGUGGAAAAUGGGGCGGUCACUCCAGGAGUCCCACGGCUCUUCUCCACACACCAACGAGAAGCAGAAAGCGUGGCACAUGAUCUUAGGAUGCGCAGCUGUGUUCUUUGUAUGUUUCACACCCUAUCACAUGAACUUCCCAAUAUUUAUGAUGGUGAAACAAGGUGUCAUUGCAGACUGCUCCGUACGCCGCCACGUUCUGUACUUCCAUGCUGUUUCUUUGUGCCUCGCAAGCCUCAACUGCUGUCUAGAUCCAAUUCUCUAUUAUUUCAUGACUUCAGAGUUUCAGCAAAGGUUAUUCCGGUGCAGCGGUGACACCAUCUCGAGCUGUUUCACCAUUCUCGAGAGCAGCAGGACCACAACCUCCUCAGCUGGGGAAAAUAGUGAGGGCGAUAAGAGAAAUACAGCUAUUCUCAUGAGAUAUUUUUGGACUCUUCAGCCACACAGAUUUGAAAGUGAUGGUAUGGAAUCCCCUUUGUCUUGUUAGCU